AUGGGUCUCAUACGUAGAUUCGUUGGCAUGACGGGCGGCCAGAUCUUCCAUGAGAUGAUGCAAAGACACGGUGUCAAACAUAUAUUUGGAUACCCUGGUGGAACGAUCCUUCCGGUCUUCGACGCCAUUUACAACUCCAAGCACUUCGAUUUUAUCCUCCCCAAGCACGAACAAGGCGCCGGGCAUAUGGCUGAGGGCUACGCAAGGGCUUCGGGAAAGCCAGGGAUCGUUCUCGUCACCUCCGGGCCCGGUGCGACUAAUGUCGUUACUCCGAUGCAGGAUGCUCUGUCCGAUGGAACGCCCAUGAUCGUCUUCAGCGGCCAGGUGGCAACCGCGGCGAUCGGCAGCGAUGCUUUCCAGGAAGCUGACAUUCUGGGUAUAUCCCGAGGCUGCACAAAGUGGAACGUGAUGGUACGUAACGUUGCUGAGCUACCUCAGAGAAUUAACGAAGCGUUCGAGAUUGCCACGAGUGGGAGGCCUGGCCCUGUUCUGGUGGAUCUACCGAAGGACGUGACUGCAGGUAUCCUGAGAAAGACUACUCCUACCGGCCCAGCUAUACCUCGCAUUUCCACCUACGCAAACACCGAUGCGAACCAAAAACUACUCACCAAGUCGAUCUCCCAUGUCGCAAAGUUGAUUAACACCGCGAAGAAGCCUGUCAUAUAUGCGGGACAGGGAGUCAUCCAGUCCCCAAAUGGACCUCAGUUGCUCAAAGAACUUGCAGACAAGGCGUCCAUCCCGGUAACAACAACUUUGCAGGGACUCGGUGCCUUCGAUGAACUGGACGAGAAGUCCCUCCAUAUGCUGGGUAUGCAUGGAUCAGCGUAUGCGAACAUGUCUAUACAGGAAGCCGAUCUCAUCAUCGCAUUGGGCGCACGGUUUGAUGAUCGAGUUACAUUGAACAUCGCCAAGUUUGCGCCUGCUGCGAGGGCGGCAGCGGCAAAGGGCCUUGGGGGUAUUGUGCAGUUUGAAAUCCUACCCAAGAAUAUCAACAAGGUGAUUCAGUCGACCGAGGCAGUUGUCGGGGACAUCGCAGAGAAUCUGACACACCUACUGCCCCAUGUGAACCGGACCAGCAUGACUGAAAGGCAAGCAUGGUUUAAACAAAUCAACGAAUGGAAAACAAAGUGGCCGUGGAAUGCUUAUACCCGGGAUGAACGACCACACUUGAUCAAACCCCAAUACUUGAUCGAGGAGCUGAGUAACCUCACAGCAGGCCGCAAGCAAGAGACCAUCAUUACUACGGGUGUUGGCCAGCAUCAGAUGUGGACUGCUCAGCACUUUCGUUGGCGCCAUCCCCGUAGUUUGAUCACCUCUGGUGGUCUUGGGACUAUGGGUUUUGGUCUUCCAGCUGCCAUUGGUGCUAAGGUAGCGCGUCCAGAUACGCUUGUAAUUGAUAUCGAUGGUGAUGCAUCGUUUAGCAUGACCUUGACGGAACUGACUACGGCCAGUCAAUUUAAUAUCGGGGUAAAGGUCAUCGUCCUAAACAAUGAGGAGCAAGGAAUGGUGACGCAGUGGCAAAAUUUAUUCUAUGAGGAUCGAUACUCGCACACACACCAGCGUAAUCCGGAUUUUAUGGGCCUGGCAGGGGCAAUGCAUAUCCAGCAUCGACGUGUCAGCAAACCCGAGGAGGUCGUUGACUCUCUGAAAUGGCUUAUCCACACAGAGGGUCCGGCUCUGCUGGAGGUUAUGACCGACAAGAAGGUACCGGUGUUACCGAUGGUGCCAGCGGGCUCGGGACUUCACGAGUUCAUUACGUGGGACGCACAUAAAGACAUGGAAAGACGAAGUCUGAUGCGGGACAGAACAUGUGGGCUUCAUGGUUGA